UUAUUUAAAUAACGUGAGGAAUUAAAAUGAUUUUCAGAACAGAGCAGAGCAGCCAUGAAAAGCAAGCAAGAUGACCACUGACAACACAAAACACUCUCCUCAAUAUCCUCUCCUUCUUCCCUCUCUUACCUUCUUCAUGGAUAUUUCUACCCAAUUCUUCCAUUCACAAGCCUGCAAUUCUCAUAAUACUCCUCCCUUUUCAUAGAACAACCUUUCUCCGGUGACAAACCACUCUGUUUUUCCCUUCCUUGUUUCACUCGAUUUCAAUGUUAGACCUCAAUCUCCGCGUUCUCCCCGGAGAUUUCACUUCCGGUGGAACCGAUUUACAACCCUUCAAUUUUUCUCCUUCCGCAGUUGAGAGUCCCAUUUCAUCCUCCGUCCUUAACGCCGAUCAUUCCAACGUCAAUGGCGAUGACGACUCUUCUUCCAAUGCCGAUUGUGGGUUCACUUUCUCUUUCAGCAUCCUCAACAACAGCAACGAUGAUCAGCGCGACCGGAAGGCUCAUUUUCCUGUCGCCGGCGGGUUUUCCUCCGAUGUCUAUUCUCAGAGGAAAGGGGUGGACUCCGAUUUUGUUAGAGCCACUAACGGAAUCAUGGUUCAACAAUCUGCUCAUCCGGUGAAAAAGGGUCGGCGAGGCCCCAAAUCAAGAAGCUCCCAGUAUCGAGGGGUUACGUAUUAUCGCAGAACAGGGAGAUGGGAAUCGCAUAUCUGGGAUAGUGGGAAACAAGUCUAUUUGGGCGGUUUUGAUACUGCUCAUUCUGCAGCCAGGGCUUAUGAUCGAGCUGCAAUAAAGUUUCGAGGAGUUCACGCUGAUAUAAAUUUCAAUAUCAACGACUAUAAUGAAGAAAUUAAACAGAUGGGUAAUUUUAGUAAAGAGGAGUUUGUACAUAUUCUUCGAAGGCAGAGCACUGGAUUUUCAAGAGGAAGUUCUAAAUUCAGAGGUGUUACUCUGCACAAAUGUGGGAGAUGGGAAGCUCGAAUGGGGCAGUUCUUGGGGAAGAAGUAUGUGUAUCUUGGGCUGUUUGAUAGUGAGAUAGAGGCUGCAAGAGCAUAUGAUAAGGCUGCCAUAAAAUAUAAUGGAAGGGAAGCUGUUACCAAUUUUGAUCAGAGUUCCUAUGAGAUGGAGCUUGCUUUUGAAUCUGAAAACCAAGACACGGGUGAUAUUGACUUGAACUUGGGUAUUGCUCCUCCUUGUCCAUCUGAAGAUCAAAAGGACAACCUUAAUGGCUGUGCUCCAAGUAAUUUGUGUAACUUAAACAAAUCAAAUUCUGAGAGAUCUGAGUUCAUAAUGCAGCUUGAGAAACAUGCUUCUAUGGCUACAAGAGCAAACCCUUCUGUUUUGAGUUCUCCGAAUUUCUUUCCUACCUACCAGGAGAGAGCAAUGGAGAAGAAAAUGGAAGUUGAAUCUUUACCGAACUGUUGCUGGCGGCCAAUCUCAAUGCCCUACGGCGGAGCAACUUCAGUCCCUUUCUUCUCCACUGCAGCAUCAUCAGGAUUCCCUUCUUCUCCGGCCGCCAUUCCUCCGCCCUCUCCUCGCCAUCUUCUUCCAUUGCCGCCAUUCCUCCACCACCAUAUUCCGCCUUCUAUUCCAGCCACUAAUGCCGUAACUCAUUUCUAUUGCAAGACCUGAGAACCCAACACAAAGCACCCAACCUAAUUAUUCAUUCUCAUAGUUUCUAUGUUGGCCUUUUCUUUUCUUUUCUUUUCUUUGUACAUUCUGAGAGACGAAAACCAAACCGAUGGAUUCGUGUUAUUGGUCGGUCUUCAAAUUCAAUAACAAUUUUGUUUCUUAAAUUUAUGUUUAUCAACAUUUUCUUUUUAAAUUCUGCUUCUUUUUAUAACAAUUGAAUAGUAGCAGAUUGAA